ACGCUGCCCCGCCAACUCUGGCUUUUGGCAGCACCGUUUCCAAAACGUCGUCCUUAAAUCCAAGGAGGGCCCGCUCGCCCAGGCACUUCAAUCUUCGUACGCCUUCCCUGCCACCAGAAGUCGACGAAGCCAAUCUCUUCAAUUCCCACAAGGUGUCGACCCGAAGCCCUAUCACUCUUCUCCAAGUCGUGUCCUUCGCAUUUCUUGCGGUAGUCUUACGGGGAUCUAGGUCGUUCAAUUCUACUUCACAGAUAAUCCCCCUACGUACUCAAGACGCCUGCAGCCGUACUCUUCCACCAGAUUCUCCCCAUCAGCGAACAUCGUUGAAGGGCAAACUUGCGAGUCCCCGCCUCCUUUUCCAACAGAACCACCCAUAUCGAAACCGCACACAAUGGCUCUUGCGGCAGAAGCAAAGCGGGUGGCCGCAGAAUUCGAAUUGACGGACAAUGAUAUCAGAAAGACGGUGGCAGAGUUCGUGGCAGAGAUGGCGGCUGGGCUGGCACAAGAUGGUACUGCUAUGAGCCAGAUCCCUACAUAUGUUACGGGUGUGCCCAACGGGACGGAGAAGGGUCUGUAUCUAGCUGUCGACCUUGGCGGUACGAAUUUCCGAGUCUGCUCGAUUCAGCUAAACGGUGAUACCACAUUCAACCUCGUGCAAUCCAAAGUGGCAAUACCGAAAGAACUUAUGGUUGCAAAGACUGCCAAAGAGCUAUUCGCAUUUCUGGCGAAGCAGAUCGAGGUGUUUUUAAGGACCCAUCACAACGACCAUUUUGAGAAACAGCUUAGGCGGCGCCAGACAGUCAGCACCCCGGAAGGAUAUCGGGAUGAGCACAUAUUCAGACUUGGUUUUACAUUCAGCUUUCCAGUGAAACAGGUUGGAAUCAACCGCGGGAAUCUGAUCAGGUGGACCAAAGGAUUCAAUAUCCAGGAUGCAGUUGGUAAAGAUGUCUGUCAGUUGCUACAAGAGGAGAUUGAUCUCCUCAAGUUGCCUGUAAAAGUGGCAGCACUUGUGAACGACACAGUCGGUACCCUCAUGGCCCGAUCCUACACCUCUCCAGGCAAGACCAGCACCCUUCUUGGGGCAAUAUUUGGCACUGGCACCAACGGUGCGUAUGUUGAGAAACUCUCCAAGAUCACGAAAUCUAUGAAAGGAGAUUACGACAAGAGCACUGGCGAGAUGGUGGUCAACACUGAGUGGGGAUCGUUCGACAAUGGGCUUAAAGUCCUUCCCAAUACCGAGUAUGACGCCCAACUCGACAGAGACAGCGUAAAUCCUGGGAUCCAAAUGUUCGAAAAGCGAAUCUCUGGCAUGUUCCUGGGCGAGAUCUUACGAAUUGCUCUCGUCUCCAUAAUGAAGAGGCCGGACGUUCCCCUCUUCCGGGACGACAAUUCCUCGCACAACGACUACCGCUCGACGACUACUGUCGACGAGACCUCGCCCCUCCACACCCAGUGGGCAGUUGACAGUAGCAUCUUGUCCAUUGCAGAAGCGGACAACAGUGUGGGUCUCCGCGCACUCAGACAGCAGAUUGAGACGAGUCUGGGUGUUUCCGCGGCGAGUAUCGACGACGCUCGCGCUGUGAAAGAAAUUGCUCACGCAAUCGCUGAACGCGCAGCACGUUUAUCGGGUGCAGCUGUUGCAGCCAUUGUGAUCCAUACUGGCCGCUUAAAUCCAGGGGCCUCGUCUGCUCCACAACCGAAAUCUGCAGCUGCUAUCGUCGAAGACCUCAAGAACUUCAACCUGGCAGAAGCAGCCUCUGCAACGACAAACAAAUUGGCAGAUACAGCCGGUAUGGCCGUCAACGAAGAAGAGAUCGUGGACAUUGGUGUUGACGGCAGUCUUGUCGAGUUCUAUCCCGGUUAUGAAGACUACAUGCGAGCCGCGAUGAGAGCCGUGCCAGAAAUUGGUGCGGUUGGUGAGAGGAAAAUCAGAAUUGGAAUUGCAAAGGACGGCUCAGGUGUAGGAGCAGCUCUCAUUGCGCUUGUGGCCGCGAAGAUGGAACAAAGUAACAACUAUGUGGGAGACUUGAGGCAAAGGUUGGAGAGUGUUGGGGAGUCGUCGGAAGAACAAGCGAUCGUAGUAGAAAAGUAAAAUGAUCUACUUACAGUAUAGGAUAUAUGGUUCUUGAUGGGUUUGCUUCUGGUCUU